GCAUCCUCUCCCUGUUAUAUUUUUCAAUGAAGUCGCUUCUUCUCGCUGUUAUAAAUUCCACUGAAUACAAAAACAAAACAAACAGCAAGUGCUGAAGAUCUGAAACAAAAAUAGAAAUUGCUGGAGAGAAUCAGCAGGCUUGGCAGCAUCCGUGGAGAGAAUUCAGAGUUGAAGUUUUGAAUUCAGUGACCAUUCUCCAGAACCAGAACUUUGGUUUGUGUUCCCGUGAAUGCGAGCUUAUGUUAAUUUUGUCUGUGGAACGGAUGAAGACGAAUCAGUGUGCAGGGUUACAAUAGCGCCGAGUGAGACGCUCAUUUGGGGAGACGGGGCAGGACGGGCCGAACGGCCCUCCUUCUGCACUGGCCGCGGUGCUGCGUAGAAUCGCAGAAGCAGUUCGUUUCGUGGGGCAUAUAUUGUCCCAGGCAGGAUGCUGUAGUCAGUGCGUCUCCCUCUCACUCCCCUCCCCCUCCAGAGCGGAUGAUGUCAUCCGAUGGAAUGUUUACAUUGUAGCAGAAACUGACGGCGUUCCCUUUGCAUUGUUGAAUGGUUACAUUGUUUCCCCGGGGUUCCAUCAGUCUUCGAUCCUCACCAGAAGGAUACACACGGGGUCACACACACACACACACAGACAGAGCGGCUUGUCCUGCGGGCCACCAUGAACUGCAGGUCGCAGAUCCUGGAGCUCACCGUGGAAGCCAGGCAGAUCGAGGAGACCGUCCUCGCCGUGCUCCACACCGUGCUCCUGCACAGGAGCUCGGGCAAGUUCCACUACAAGAAGGAGGGCACCUACUCCAUCGGCACGGUGGGCACCGAAGACGUGGACUGCGAUUUCGUCGACUGCACCUACGUGCGGGUCUCGUCCGACGAGCUGGACCGCACGCUGCGUCGAUCUGUAGGCGAGUUUAAGGAUGCCCUUCGUAAUUCUGGAAGUGAUGGGAGUGGUCAAAUCUCCCUAGAGUUCUACCAGAAGAAGAAAUCACGCUGGCCAUUCUCAGAUGAAUGCAUUCCGUGGGAGGUGUGGGCGUUCAAACUCAACGUGGUGAACCUGGCCAAUGAGCAGGAGAGGCAGAUCUGCCGUGAGAAGGUGGGCGAAAAACUAGGCGAGAAGAUAAUCAAUAUCAUUGAGGUCAUGAACCGACAUGAGUACCUGCCCAAAAUGCCUACGCAGUCAGAGGUGGACAAUGUUUUUGACACGAGCCUGAGGGAUGUGCAGCCGUACCUGUACAAAAUAAGCUACCAGAUCACUGAUUCUCUUGGGACAUCCGUUAGCACUACUAUGAGGAGAUUGAUCAAAGACACACUGGCUUUAUAAUCAGUCCAAAAACUAUCAAGGAAGCAGCUGACACUCAUGCAUUCUUGACUCCUUUCCCCUGAGCUUUCCAUUCUGCUGCUUUUACUUUUACCUGUUUAACUAGUUUUGGGAAGUCAAUCUGCUUUGAAAUAUCACUGGAUUGUAUGCAUGAUUUCUUAUGAAACUUCAUACAGUCAUGCUUAGCACCUAGGAGAUUUUUCCAAGCUUACAUAUAUAUUUAUUUUGUUGAAAUCGUCAGGAAAAGUUGUACAUUACUGGAAAUGGCUCCAAAAAGGAGUAGUAUUAUUAGGACAGCUAGGUUCGAGCAAUCCACUCAAACUCUUGUAAAUCAAAUAACUGAAAUUGCCUCCACCACUGGAAACAUCUUGUUUUUUGAGGACAACAGGCAAGGAUGUGGUGGGACUUGCAAAUAAUUCUCUUCAGAAUGGAACAGCCAAACUAAACACACAUUGCCUUGGCUCCCACUUAGCGGAUUUCCAUUGAGAGGUAACUGAUGACUGCUGUCACCAUAAACUGUAUCCCAGGAUGACUUAUUUAAUACAUUCAGAUGAAAACCUACAGCGGAGGAAAAGGGGGUCGAGUUAAAAAGAUGGAUGUGAAAAUGUUUGAAACAUUAGUGGAGGCAGCAUUUUGAAAUUAAUUUUGGAGGCCUUGUUUUAAUUUUUGUAAGGCAUAAUUCUCUGUAAUAAAACUGAAUAAACCAAAAA